AUGGAAUCCCACACGCCCUUGAAAGUCGUCAUUAUCGGUGCAGGCAUCGGCGGCCUGAUGGCCGCUUGCGCCCUCCGAGAGGCCGGCCAAGACGUCCAUGUCUACGAACAGUCCCGGCUGGUCAACGAGAGAGGUGCCGCCAUUACCCUCCAGCCAAACUCGACCACUCUGCUCCGUCGCUAUGGCAUGGAGCCCGAGGACUCUGGAGCCACGCCGAUGGAGAACAUCAUGAUGAGAGACGGCGCCACACUGGAUGUCAUGCAGGAGAUAACCGAAGAGGUCAAGGCGGCCACCCUGUCCGAGGAGCGUGCGCAGAAGUGUUACUUCAUUCACAGAGCCGACCUCCACGACAGGCUGAAGAAGAAGGCCACUGACUUGGGUGCCUUCAUCCACCCUGCCAGCGAGAUGACAAACGUCGACGAGGACACCAGCACUGUCACCUUCGCCGACGGCACCGCCACCACGGCCGACGUGAUCAUCGGCGCCGACGGCGUUCACUCUCGCACCCGCAAGGCCGUCCUUGGCGACGUCUACCAAGAGCAGCCCUCAGCUCUGAGCUGUUUUCGCUUCCUGAUCCGCACCGAGGCCCUCCGCGAAGAUCCCGAAACCCGUACUUUCAUCGAGAAGCCCGGCAGCAUGAUGGACCUAGUCGGUCCCGACAGGCGCAUUAUUCUGUACCCAUGCUCCCUCGGCGAGUACAUCAACGUCCUCCCCAUCGUCCCCCGCCGCCUAGCCGAAGCUCCCGGCCCCAGCAAGGAGAAGCUGCUCUCUGCCUUUUCCGACUUCGCGUCGCCCGUCCGCCGCAUGCUGGACAAGGUCGACCAGCAGAGCAUCACUUUGUGGCCCCUGUUUGACAUGAACAUCCUGCCCAUCUGGACCAAGAACUCGGUUGCUCUCCUCGGCGAUGCCGCCCAUCCCUUUACGCCCUUCCUCGCCCAAGGCGCCAGCUCGGCAAUGGAAGACGCCGUCUCCCUGGCCGUCAUGCUCCCCUUCGGGACCAAGCCGGCCCAGGUGCCCAGCAGGCUGCAGCUCUACGAGCGCUGCCGCAAGGCUAGGGUCGACCGCAUCCAGGAGCUCAGCCGCGUGCGUGGAAGAGACGCAUCCGGUGAGCGAGGAAAGCCGCCAACCGGAAACGAGAUUUUCGGUUUCGCCAUGUACUGCAAGAAACACGACGAGUACCUUCACUCGAGCAAGUUCCUCGAGGUGUUUGACACGCCGUUUGAGCCCCUGCGGCAGCCGCCGCCUGCACGCAGCUCUUAG